AUGAAUGAUUCGUUAACGUCUCGUGUAUUAUCAACAAUUCAAUAUAGUCAAUUUGUUGCUGGUCUUAGUGGCGGUGUGAUUUCAUCAUUAAUACUUCAUCCAUUUGAUUUAGUUAAAAUACGUUUUCAAGUUACAGAAACAAAAUCAGUAAUACACAAUUCUUCAUUACCCUAUCGACCACAUUAUAAUAGUCUAUUCGAUGCUUUUCGUACAAUUUACCGUGAAAAAGGCCUUUUUCGUGGUCUAUAUCAAGGUGUAGCGCCUAACGUUCUUGGUAAUGGCAUUUCAUGGGGUCUUUAUUUGCUACUAUAUAAUACUAUUGAUAUUUUACAUAAUAAAGAAUUUAAAAGAGCAGAUCUACGAUUUCAAGAUCGUUUUAUGUAUUCCACCAUAGCUGGUAUAACAACAAUAUCCAUAACAAAUCCCAUAUGGGUUCUUAAAACACGUAUGUGUUUACAAUAUUCGAAUUCUAAAGCAAGUAUCCAAUAUAAAAAUAUGUUUGAUUGCAUUCGAAAAAUCUAUAAAAUCGAAGGUAUGAAAGCAUUUUAUAAGGGUCUUGUACCUGGUAUGUUUGGUACUGUUCAUGGUACAAUUCAAUUUGUAUCUUAUGAACAAAUGAAAGAUUUUUAUUUAAAAAAAUUUCACACAACAGAAUUUUCAACUCCAAUUAUAUUAACAUUUUCGGCUUUAUCAAAAUUAAUUGCUGUUAGUACAACAUAUCCGUAUCAAGUUGUAAGAACACGCUUACAAGACCAUCAUCAAAACUAUAAUGGCGUGAUUGAUGUUAUGAAGAAGACAUAUCAUAGAGAAAGGAUUGGUGGUUUUUAUAAGGGUAUAGUGCCUACAGUAUAUCGCGUUGUACCCGCGUGUUGCAUUACUUUUGUUGUUUACGAAUUUGUUUUGACGGAAUUAAAGCGUUAG